AUGAAAUUAUCAAAAACUACACCACCAAUAAUUCAAUCGUUUCCCACGCAUCAAAAUCUUUCUAAACAUUUGUCUGAUAUGAUUGUAGAAUUAUCAAAAAAAUCGAUUGCCACUCGUGGAAGAUUUACUAUUGGUUUGUCGGGUGGCAGUUUGCCAAAAAUUUUAUCACUAAAGUUAAAAAGUCAUAAAUGUGAUGUUGAAUGGAAUAAGUGGCAAGUGUUUUUCUGUGAUGAAAGGCUUGUACCAUUAGGUCAUCCUGAUUCAAAUUAUUUACUUUGUAAAAAUGAAUUAUUUAAUCAUUUACCAAUUCCUAAACAAAACAUACAUGUGAUCAAUGAAGAAUUGGUUCUGAAAAUUGAUGAAAUAGUUGCAAAAAUAGAAUCUAUUAAACAAGAAACAGGCUUCACUGAUGGUGACAGUGAGAACGAUAAAACCAAGGAUGCGAAUGAUGGUGAAAUCACCGAAGAUGGAAAAGUAUCAUCUCCCUCUAAAUUUGAUCAACUAAAACAAACAUUAGAAGAUCUUUUGUUGGAAGUAGUUGAUGAUUAUGAGAAGCAAUUAAUUGAUGUAUUUGCCGGGGUCAAUUCAGUAAAAUUUCCUGUAUUCGAUCUACUUUUGUUAGGCAUAGGUCCUGAUGGUCACACCUGUUCAUUAUUUCCAAAUCAUCCACAACUUGACGAAUCUGCUCUUUGGGUAACUUAUAUUUACAAUUCGCCAAAACCUCCACCUAGACGUAUAACAUUCACUCUGCCUGUUGUUAAUCAUGCACAUAAUGUUGUGUUUGUAGCAACGGGCAAGGGUAAGCAAGAUGUUUUACGUGAUAUAUUAGAAAAUAGUGAUAAUAAAAAUUUACAUUUACCUGCUACUUUUGUAAAACCUGUUAAUGGUAAACUAUAUUGGUUUUUGGAUGAUGAAGAUGUUGCUAAGCUUUAG